UCACUUUCUACUGUGUCUGUGUGAACGAAUCAAGUAGCCGCUUAACAAAAUUGAAGUUUUUUUGGCAAAAAAUCUAAUCACCGGCUGCACUAAAUAGCUGAAAAGUGUAAAUGAAAGUGCCAGGAAUGAUUUUCAAUUGAAAUUGUGACAGUGCAUGUGAUACCAAAAAAAAUCAAGCGAUAACGCCAAAAGAAUAACCACGUUGAGACACACAAACACUCGCAUUCGCACACACACCAUCACACCACACACACAUAGGCACAGAUGUACCCCAUAUAAAAAAUAAAGGCAAAGAAAUAGAAAGAGAGCGAGAGCGAGUAAAACGAAAUGUACAUGAGAGAGAAUGAGAAUAUUUGAAUAAAAUAUUCGAAAGCAGUUUAGACAGAUAAUUCUCUCUUAUACACACAUUUGAAUGUGCCAUUCAGAGCAACAAGGAACGUAGAAGCUAAGCGAGAGUAUUACUACAGCAACAACAACAACAACUAGAAGAAGAACUACAAUUACAGUAACUGAAAAAGAAGCAAACAACAAUAAGAAGGCGCAUACAGCAAAUACAACAAUCCCUCCAUUAAGCAACUACAAGAAAACGAAGCAAACACUGAGUGUAACGAAUUUAAACCAUUAACACAAAAGCAACAAGUUGCAUCAAGUGAGAAAAUUGAACUAAGCAAGAGAAGAGAGAGAGCUUGGGCAUCAAGUGAGCAGCAAACCUUCCUACUCUAACCAGAAAUCGAUCAUUAAAUAAAUGUCAAGAUAAGUCGAUACCGCAUCAACACCACCGCCAUCAACAUACCACAACAACAGCAGCAGCAGCAUCAAAAGCAGCAGCGAGUUGUAGAUCAGGAUAUCGCAAUACCGACAAGGACAUCGCGUGGAAAGGGUCAAGCGAACGAUUGCAAAACGCCAAACUCCACUGCAAAAGUCGCCAACAUAACACAUAAAAUAUUUGGCUGGCUACGCAAAUCGCGCAACAAAAAACCAGUCGCGAUCCUCAGCAGCGAUUUCGACGAAGACGGCGACGAGGGCGUGGGUGUGGGCGUGUGCGUGGUGGGCGCAUCUGGUGCAGCCGGUGGGGCGUUGGACGAUCAAAUUUCUUCAUUGGCAAGCGUUGGAAUUAAAGCCGGCAAGCUGAAUACCACACAGACAGCCACGGAGACCGCCAUCGAUUCAAACGAACCCAAAUCUGAAAAGAUGUCAUCGGGCACGUUUGUGGAUCGAAUCGACCCGUUCGCCAAACGUUCACUCAAGAAGAAAAGUAAAAAAAGUCAAGGUUCCUCGCGCUACAGAAACUCUCAGGAUGUUGAGCUGCAGCAAUUGCCGCCACUAAAAGCCGAUUGCUCGAGCCUGGAACAGGAGGAGCUCUUUAUACGGAAAUUACGUCAGUGCUGCGUAUCAUUUGACUUUAUGGAUCCGGUAACGGACUUAAAGGGCAAGGAAAUCAAACGGGCUGCUCUCAAUGAUCUAUCCACCUAUAUAACACAUGGGCGUGGCGUGCUCACGGAGCCGGUCUAUCCCGAAAUAAUACGCAUGAUAUCUUGCAAUUUAUUUCGCACAUUGCCGCCCAGUGAAAAUCCCGAUUUUGAUCCGGAAGAGGAUGAUCCAACACUGGAGGCAUCAUGGCCGCAUUUGCAACUCGUCUACGAGGUGUUCUUGCGCUUUCUGGAAUCCCAAGAUUUUCAGGCGACCAUUGGCAAACGUGUGAUCGAUCAAAAGUUUGUACUGCAGCUAUUGGAACUCUUUGAUUCUGAGGAUCCACGCGAGCGAGACUUUCUAAAGACCGUCUUGCAUCGUAUCUAUGGGAAAUUCUUAGGAUUACGCGCUUUUAUACGAAAACAGAUCAACAACAUAUUCUUGAAAUUCAUCUAUGAAACGGAACAUUUCAAUGGCGUUGGCGAGCUGCUGGAAAUUCUUGGCAGCAUUAUCAACGGUUUUGCCUUGCCAUUGAAGGCGGAACAUAAACAAUUUCUGGUUAAGGUUCUGUUGCCGCUGCACAAAGUUAAAUGUCUGUCGCUCUACCAUGCACAGCUGGCGUAUUGCAUUGUACAAUUCCUAGAGAAGGAUCCAUUCCUCACCGAGCCUGUGGUGCGUGGUCUACUCAAGUUCUGGCCCAAGACCUGCUCCCAGAAGGAAGUCAUGUUUUUGGGCGAAAUUGAGGAGAUCUUGGAUGUGAUCGAUCCGCCUCAAUUUGUCAAAAUACAGGAGCCACUGUUUCGGCAGAUUGCCAAAUGCGUCUCGAGUCCACAUUUUCAGGUUGCUGAACGUGCUCUAUAUCUCUGGAACAAUGAAUAUGCCAUGUCGCUGAUUGAGGAGAACAAUGCGGUCAUAAUGCCCAUCAUGUUCCCGGCGCUAUAUCGCAUUAGCAAGGAGCAUUGGAAUCAAACCAUCGUCGCCCUGGUCUACAAUGUAUUGAAAACGUUUAUGGAAAUGAAUUCAAAGCUAUUCGAUGAGCUAACCUCCAGCUACAAGGCGGAAAGGCAAAAGGAAAAGAAGCGUGAACGCGAUCGCGAAGAGUUGUGGAAGAAGCUGCACGAACUCGAAUCAAAUCGUUCCAGCGGGCGUGCCGCAGGCGGCAGCGCUGCAACAGCCAACAGUGGAUCAGCUGCGGCGGCGUCAACGUCACUCCAGCCGCCGAACAUAGCCGCCGCAAUGAACUCUCAUCAGCAACAGUCGAAUAGCAGCAGCAGCGGCAGCCUCUCCAGUGGCGGCGGCCCCGGUGGUGACAAUAAUCCUGCGACAGCAAAAAUCAAACUAGAGAAGGCAGACAACUAAACACAGAUGCAACGCAAUGCGCGCUUGAUACUAACAAUAAAAAUGCAAAAUUAAUAACACAGCAAACAAGAUGAAUAAUGAGAACAACACGAACAACAACAACAUACACACACAUACAGUAAAAAUGUUUGCUGGCUCACGCACAUCCACAACCAUAAGCACUCCCCAACACACACACACACACAUACAGAAUCACACACAUGAAUACAAGUCAAAGAAAUUAAUGAGAAAGUACAUUUUUGAGCUGGCGAUAAAUAGUUAAUACAAUACAAGAAAAAGAAAACAAAAACACACACUAAACUAAAUGAAAACAAUGCAGCGUAUGCUUAACUUAAUAAAAACACACAACAAAUAUGGUAAUUAAAAAAUGUAUACUCGUUUAACAAGACACCAAACCAACAAGCUGGAGCUGGAGCUGCUGUACGUUGUGAAUUUGAAUUGAAUUGAAUUGAGAGAGAGCGUGGCUAACCUAGAUAUGCUUUUGAUGAGUGCAGCGUGCGUAGCUGCGUUUUGAAUGCAGCGGCAUCAAAAUUCUAUAUAAUAUAUAAAUCGUACACAAUACACACACACACACACACACACACCAAUACAAAACACACACACACAUAUUAUAAAUACAUAUAAAUAUAUAUAUAUAUUACAAGAGAAAGAAAAAAAUAUUAUUAAUUAGGUUUAAGGAAACAACAAAUUGAAUAAAGCGUAAAAGUGUUAGUAUGUGAAAUUGAAAGCGAGCCGAAAAAUGUAGCUGAUUGAUUGAUUGAUUGAUUGUUGAACACGCAUUAAAAUAUUAUUAUUAAAACGUAAUGAAGAAGAAAAACAAAACUAGACGUGUUGCUAGAGACCCCCUAGCCUAGAACAGCGCUGACCCAAAACACACACAACACUGAGAGAUAAAAUUUAAUUACUAAAAUAGCAACACACACACACACACAUACAUAUACAGUUACGGUUAUACACUCUACUGUAGUUAACGUUUUCUGCUCCCAUGGCCAAGCAUUAUAAAUAAUGGAAAACGAUACAAAAAAAAAUGAAGUUUCGAAAAUUUCAGAACUUUAGCAGUCUGGUAUGACAGCAGUACCAACUUUCCACUGAAUUUUCCAAUGUAUAUAUACUUAUGUACGUAUGCAUACAUGUGUAUGUAUGUAUAUUUAUAUAGAUAUAUAUAUGUAGGUAUAUAUGUAGACUUAUCGAGCGACUAUGCUUAACUUUGUUACCUAUAUUUAAGUGUUGCACGUUGCCGUUGUCGUCGACAAAACAAACAAAAAUACUUUCAAAACUGGCCCAAAAAACCUAUAAGCAUAUAAAACCUAAACAAAACAUAUAUUAAGUGCUAAGAGAAUGUUAACUUAGUCCACAAACAACUAAUUUAGCGGGGUUCAUCAGUAAAACUAAACUAAAAAAAAAAACAAAAACAAAAAAAACGUAAAAUAUAAAAAUAAAUACAGCUAAUC